CUCUUUUUUCUCUCUCUCUCUCAGCCCCUCCUAGCCCUAUAUUAGAACCAGCUGUGGAACUAGGGGCUGAAUGAAUGGCUCUUUGUGAUUUGGCUGUCGUUCCUGUGUAAGGGUCUGUUUCUCUCUCUCUUUCUCUCUCACUCUCUCUUUCCAUCUUUCCCUGCAUCUGUCCUUCUGCUAUGACAAAAGUACUAAACAAUGGGCUCCCUAAUACCAUCCCCCUUCGUAUGUCUGUUUAAUGGCAGUCAUCAACGUUGCCGGGCCAUGGAAACCUCCAACAAAAUGUCGGCCCCCUAACGCACACAGGCAGGGGACUUUGGGGUGUUCCUGCCUAGCGCCAGAGUGGGUGUUCAUGGCACCGGCUGGAGGAGGGUGCCGUAAAAUCAGGGAGAGACAAGGAGACCGGGGGAGAGGAGCCAUUGCAAGGAGACUGGGGAGGAGAGACCAUCCCUGCUGCACCCGGAGCUGAGCAGCUGGUGAGGAUUUGUGGGCAAACGUGUGACAGGCAGCCACAGGUGAAUCAUCAUGGCUCAGGUGCUCCAUAUGGACCCCAGCUUCCCAGGGAAGCUUAACCCGCCAGCUCCCCCCUCCCUUCACGGGAAGGAACAGGAGGCGCCGUACUCAGUGGAGACCCCCUACGGCUACCGUCUGGACCUGGACUUCCUCAAAUAUGUCAACGAUAUUGAGAAAGGCAACACCAUCAAGAGGGUGCCCAUGCAGCGUCGGCCUCGGUACGGCUCUCUUCCCCGUGGCUACGGCUACACGGGCUCCUGGUGGACCUCCACAGAGUCCCUGUGCUCCAACACCAGCAUGGACAGCAGACACUCCUCCUUCUCCUACUGCGCCCCGGGCUACCACACCUCCCAGAGGCCUAGCUUCAGCACAGCACGGGUGGAGAAGACCCUGCUGGACGCUCGGAGGAAGCUGGAGGAGGAGAAAGACAGCCGUCGGUUCUCCAACCUGGGCAGCAUGCACAGCAGCGUGGCCGGCUCCACCACCUCCCUCAGCAGCGCCCACAGCUUCAACCGAGCCCAGGGAGGAGGCUCCUUCACCCCCAUAAGCUCCGGCUUGUCCACGCCCGUGUCCCCCACUCCCGCCCACCUGCAGCACGUCAGGGAGCAGAUGGCCGUGGCCCUCAGAAAGAUCCGCGAGCUGGAGGAGCAGGUAAAGACCAUCCCCGUGCUCCAGGUGAAGAUCUCCGUGCUGCAGGAGGAGAAACGGCAGCUCAGCGUCCAGCUGAAGAGCCAGAAGUUCCUGGGCCACACGCUGGGGUUCGGCAGGGGCCGGCCCCGGGGGGAGCUCUACAUCGACAUCCCUGAGGAGGAGGUCAGCGCUGGGGCGGGCAGGACCUCCAUGCCAGCAGGGGUGCAGUCCCCCACCUCCACAGACAGCAUCAAGCAGGACUCGGGCUGUGAGAUAGAGGACACGGUGAUCGUUGGUGGCGUGCGUCCGGGCGGCAAAAGGGAGGUGCGCACCAUUGGUGUUGGUCCAGAGGAGCAGAGGGGCAGCUGUCAGGUGGGCGUAGGAGUACAGGAGCAGGAUCUGGGCCUGCCUCCAGAGACACAGGCCCUGAGGAACCAGGUAGGCCAGCUGGAGGGACAACUUAAGAGGACCAUGGAUGAGCUGCAGGUUUCCCAGCAGCAGGUGGAAAAGGCCCAGAGAGAGAUGCAGUCCCAGGCACAGGCCCCCCAGGCUGAGCACUUUGCCAGAGCCACCAGUCUGGGCUGGCAGGAGCAACAGGGGCUGCAGACUGUGGUCAGCUUCACCCAGCAGCCCCAGCACAGACAGCAGAGGACUGUGGGUAUCCAGGUGUACACCCUGGAGCAGCCCACUGUGGUGGGGGUGGGCACCUUGCUCCGAGCAGAGGGGUGCAGUUCCAUCGCCCUUCUUCCAGUUGGUGCAAUCCAGGGAGGACAUGCUCAAACCCCGGGCUCAGAAGAGCCACCUGUUGAGCUACCCAUCGCCAUCAGCUCCAGGCAGGUACGAGACAUCCUGAGAAGCGAGGUAUCCACUUCUGUGCCAGUGACUAAUCCCGCAGUCACCAUGGAAAUCAUUGACAAACAGAUGGCUUCAUUAAAUUUGAAGGAAGGAGAGGCACACCAGCAUACAGUCAUAGAAGCCAUCCAGUCUCAAGAGGACCUCUCAAAGUCUGCUUCGGCCUCUCCCCAGUCCGCUCUGAGGUCCAUUAUGAAGCGGAAGGCAGAAGUUGAAUCUGGCUCUCCCUCGACGAAGAAGAACUUGCAGUUCAUUGGAGUCAAUGGCGGGUAUGAGUCGACGUCUUCAGAAGACAGCAGCAGUGAGAGCUCGGAGGAGGAGAGUGAUUCUAGUGAAUAUCAUGAAGCCAAGGACAAACUGCCGGAUACUGCAGCUCAGCCCAACCAGCCAACAGGUGUCCCUGACUCCCCCCAGGCCCCAGCUACAGACCUCACACCUCUGCAGACGGCCAGCCAACCACCAGCCUCUCAGCCUGCCACUGAGCUGAGCACCCACCUGUUAGCAGUCACAAACACACGACUUCAACACAAACCUACCCAAUCACCAGCCAUGGACACAGUCGUAGAGCAAUAUACUUCUCCACAACCAGCCUUUGACUCUACACUCACAUUCCAGUCCUCAGUCAGUGACUGUGCCCCUCAGGAGAGUAUCAACCAAUUACCAGACAGCACAGUCCCUCAGGAGAGUACCUCUGAAACUUCAAGCACUGAACCAGCACCUGAACGAGACAGCCUCCAAUCACCUCCUACCUGCAGCACACCACAGCAGAAUACCACUCAAUCAGAGACCACUGAAGUCACCCAGCAACAAGAGGCACAUACGACUAACCUCGCUCCUCAGCAUGGGGCCAACCAAUCAACAGCCUCUAAACAAAGCUCCCAGCAGUGCACUAUUCAGGCGUCAGCCUCAAAACCAUCACCUGACAGCAGCCCAAGUAACAGUGUUUCAGCCAAUCAAGACAGCAGACUAACACUGGGUGACAGCCUGAUGGCAGCUCUCAAUGCCCUUCAGAAAGCUCUUGGUGAACCCAACGCCUUCAGCCAACAGGAUGCGAGGACAGCCUACACCACGGUGCUGCAGGAGUGGCUCCGUGUGUCCUGCCACAAGGCGGCAGACACAGCCGUGGUCCGAGCCCACAUGGACACCUUUGCCUCCAUUUCCCCACAGCUGCUGGAGUUUGUGGUCAACAUGGCCGACGGCAACGGCAACACAGCCCUGCACUACACUGUGUCCCACUCCAACUUCCCUGUGGUCAAACUGCUGCUGGACACGGGUUUGUGUAAUGCUGACAAGCAGAAUAAGGCAGGCUACACAGCCAUUAUGCUGACUGCUCUGGCUGCCUUCCACUCUGACAGUGACCUUCACACUGUCCUGCAGCUGCUGCGCACCGGGGACGUCAACGCCAAAGCCAGCCAGGCCGGUCAGACGGCAUUGAUGUUGGCCGUGAGCCAUGGACGAGGGGACAUGGUGCGAGCGCUGAUCUCCUGCGGGGCGCAGGUCAACAUCCGUGACGACGACGGCUCCACCGCCCUCAUGUGUGCCUGUGAACAUGGCCACGUAGACAUUGUACGCCAGCUGCUGUCGGUGCCAGGCUGCGAUGCAACCCUGACGGAUAACGAUGGCAGCACAGCCCUGUCGAUUGCCUUGGAAGCCAGCCAGAAUGACAUUGCUGUUCUUCUCUACGCCCACCUUAACUUUGCCAAGCCUCCUUCCCCUGUUUCUCCCAAGUCUCCUAUUUUGGGCUCCUCUCCUCCCUCUGGUGAAGCAAAGUGACCACCCUGCAAAGUCGAACUUGGCCCCACUCCCCCCGGCUCCAUGUCUGCAACCAAAAAUGCCUUUACAAUUGUGUGAGUGUGUGUAUGUGUGUGAGAGUUUGUUUAUCAUCGUCCUGUUCCCAUUCACCUUUUUUUCUUUGUACAGCACAUAGAUAUUUUAGCACUUGACACUUGCAUUCAAAUAAUGUAAUGCAUUCUUUUACAGUAUGGCCAUACUUUGUGUUAUUAUCCUCACAGUUCUUUGUACACUACAUUCUGACAUUACUUGUUUGGUGUUGUUGCUUACUUAUUCCUGGUGUUAACUGUUCACAUGACAAGUAAAACAGUUUUGAGUAGUAAUAAUCCCGCUUUCCUUCAUGUUGUGUUUUAGAGCCUAAACAGUCAGUAUAAAUUGAGAACUAGACAUAAGCUCUACUGUUACAGUAGACAACUAGACAUUCUAAGUUUAUUAUAAUCAAUCCUGUUUUAUUUCAUCUGCAUAUUUGACUUGUUGCAAGAAAUAUUUUUCAGAUUUACGUAAGUAUAUCAAUGAAAAUGUAUCAAUUACAUUACAGUUACAGGUAUUAAAUAUGCCGUCACAAUCAUCUAUGGAAUACUGAAAGCCACCAACAUAUUUUUCAAUAAUCUCAAAAGUGUCCUUUAGCCAUUAAACCGAUUAAUGCUAAACAUAUUCAGAUACAGUACACCCAUUCAAAAACAAUAGCCUAUACCCAUAUUUGUACACAGAAAUGAUGUUCUCUGGAGUAUUUUUAAAGAUACUUGUAUAUUUUUUGGCUUUUUCUGCUUUAUUUGAUGGUGACAAAGAUAGACUGACAGAGAUUCCUGCCUUCAUAGUUGGCUGGAUGAGAUGUUCAUUUAGAGAUGCAAGUGUUCCCUAGUAGGUGGUAGACUGACAGCACUGCCACUUUAGAGGCCAUAUACCACUAAUAAUGCAUACUGUAAUGUUUUACUGAAAAGGAGAGGAAACCUGAUUUUAAUGUAAGCUGACCAUUGACAUUUAUACAUUUGGAUGAGUUCCAAAGAUAUUUCACUGCCACCAAUGAUUUAUAGGAUUGUAUUCUGGUGUUAUGAUCAUAUAUUGAUCAGUAAAUGGCUAAGCAUUAUUACUGUGGGAUCAAACCUGUUCCUGAUGAGGCAACUGUUAAUAGUAAUUACUUUCACCUACUGACAGUCAUGAUCCAGUAAAGGUACUGAAAUGUUGUUCAGGGUCAUGUGAAAGGUUUUUAUAACUUGAGGAAAUGUGAAUUUGAUGGUAAGUGAAAAUUAGGUUAAGUGGAGGUACUUGGUCUGCUUUGAAUGUGUAUGGUCACUGGAAGGUGUCAGAUAAUAUCAUCUAUGGAAGUAUUCGGUGUAAAGUGAUUUACCAAAACAACAAUAAUAUAUGUAAUUUGCUAAGAUUAUGUUACAUGCUAAGAUUAUUACUUUUUAUAACCCAUACUAAAAAUUACAAUGAAGGUGAAUUUGUAUUCCUUUUUAGCAAUUACUAAUUUCCUUGUCUUUUCAUAUCUACAGAUGUCUGAGUAGUUGGAAUUUUAUAAACUUUUAUAUUUGUUUAUUUAACUCUCCAUUUUAAAUUUUACAAUUGUAUACUCUGUUCACAUCUAAGUUUACUCACUUGCACAUGGUGUAUUUUAUUAUCAUUUGUAUUUUAAAUGUUCUUUUGCUAUAUGUAAUAUGCUCAUUUUGUAUUUUUUUUUGUUUAUGAAAAUAAACAAAUGGACCAUAA